AUGUACGACGCUGUAGUCGCUUGUUACUCUUCCCCUUCCACUGCUGCUCUCGACCGCAUUAUACUGCCCUACGCGUUUCCCGAGAUGGACCACUUUCUCGCACUUGACCCCACAGACCUCACUGUCAACCUGCUCGAGAAGCACCUCCUUGUAGCUGAGACUAGCGUAAUCGCUUUAGGUGCUGCUCGUGGCACUCCUUGCACACCCUUCUUUGAGGGGUGUUCCCCUCCCCCCUUGCCCCCUCCUACACUUCUGCUGCUGCUGUUGACAUCCUUAGUACUAAGGAUGUCGGGACUACUUUUGCUCUUAGUGGGAAGCGCCACAGCAGCAAGGGCAAGGGUGGCAAGAAUGGUGGCGGCGGAAGCGGGGGUGGUGGUGGUGGAGGCAAUGGAGGCAGUAGAGGUGGCGGAGGUGGUGGCAGCGGUGGGAGUGGUGGCGGGAGUGGGGGCUUCGGUGGUGGCGGUGGUGGCAGCGGUGGGGGUGGGGGUGGCGGUGGUGGCGGCAGUGGGAGUGGUGGAGGCGGCAGUGGUGGCAGUCAGGGUGGAGCUGCUCAGAGGGGAGGUAUAG